CACUUCACGACCGUAAAUCAUGGAGAACCAUCAAACAAGACUCUUCCAAAUUGUGAACUGGGAUCUUUUCCCAGCAAUAAUCUGGUUCAAUCUGGCAUAUUUAGUGGCCGAUUUAUCAACGGUUUGUUGCAUUCUCAUGGUCGGGGCCGGACUUUCCCAAUUGACCCGCAUCUACUACAACUCUCUUUCGAUCGAACCGAAAGAACGAGCUGUUGUAAUCACCGGAUGUGAUUCCGGCUUCGGACAUCAGUUGGCAGAGAAAUUACACGCCAUGAAUUUCUACGUCUUUGCUUGUUGCUUGGAUGAAACAAGUAAAGGAUCUUUAAGUUUGAAAAGCAACGGUAAAAGGACCGGACGAAUGCACGUCGUUCACAUGGACGUGAAUGUUCAAAAAGAUGUCGACGAAGCUCGUGAAUAUGUGGAAAACAACCUUCCAAUAAUGGGUCUCUGGGGUAUCGUUAACAAUGCUGAUCGAUACGAUGUGGGAUUCUUGGAAUGGCUCCCUGUUGAAACAUACGAAACGCUCGCAUCGGUCAAUUUGUUUGGCGCAAUACGCGUGACGAAAGCCUUUUUGCCGCUAGUCCGCCAGAACCAAGGAAGAAUAAUCAAUGUGUCAUCCAUUUUGGGUCGUGUUGCGGCACCGUUCAUGGGUGCCUAUUGCAUCACCAAGCACGGGCUUGAGGCUUUCUCGGAUGUCCUUCGUCUCGAAAUGAAACCCUUUAAAGUUCAGGUAAGCACGAUUGAACCAGGUAAUUACUUCUCAUCGGCCAACAGCAAUUCCUGCAAAGACGAUUUGGUUCUGAUGGCACGUCACAUGUGGGACAAAUUGGACGAGUCGCUUCAGAAAGACUAUGAGAGAGACAGUUUAGAGAGACAAGUUCGGAUCGGUGAAAUUCUCCUCGAUUUAUCGAAAAGAGAUGGCAGUUUCGUUAUUAACGCUAUGACAGAAGCACUUUACAGAGAACAUCCCAAAAACCGCUACUUGGAAACCUCGAUGCUCGACAAACUUCUGACCGUGAUGAUUCAAUAUUUGCCCACUUCGUUUGUUGACCGUCUGCGACUAAUCUUUCACGCACAGCUACUCACUAUCAAUCAUUAAUCUUCGCUUUGUCAUUACACAUAGCAAUUUAAUAUCCCAUAACAAGUUUUUGAUUAUCUUUUUUUCUGUUUGAUUUGAUUAAAAGUAUUGCGCUUAAACAGUCCGCUAACA